AUGGGAGGAAUCUAUUUAAAGCGUAUCGACUGCUUCACUUCAUCAUCGAAACAACCCCUUGAGAUUCCCGAAGAUCAAUUCAAAACCCUAAGAAAGGCGAGGGCAAUUCACGCUAUGGCUUCGAAAAGAAUUAACAAGGAGCUUAAGGACCUGCAAAGGGAUCCUCCAGUGUCAUGCAGUGCGGGUCCCGUGGGUGAUGAUAUGUUCCACUGGCAAGCAACCAUUAUGGGUCCAACAGAUAGCCCAUUCACCGGAGGUGUGUUUGUUGUUGCCAUUCACUUCCCACCAGAUUACCCCUUCAAGCCACCGAAGGUUUCUUUCAAAACCAAGGUUUAUCACCCGAAUAUCAACAGUAAUGGAAGCAUCUGUCUUGACAUUCUGAAAGAGCAGUGGAGCCCUGCACUUACCAUCUCCAAGGUUCUUCUGUCGAUAUGCUCAUUGUUGACAGAUCCAAACCCUGAUGAUCCUCUGGUUCCAGAAAUAGCUCACACCUACAAGACAGACCGCGGCAAGUACGAGACCACUGCCCGAUCCUGGACCCAGAAGUAUGCUAUGGGAUGA